GGAAAAUAAUGAAAAUAAGGAAUGCCAAAAGCCUCUCGCUCUGCUUGCAUGGAACCCUUCCGUCUUCUUUCAGUCGAAUCCACGCAACGAAGACACUGCCCAAAACUUGCGGCUGUCAGGCAGCGAUUUCAUCUUUGUUUUCUUCGUCUUUAAAUGUUAAAUGAAUCGUAUUUCAAUCAGUUUAGUCAAAAUUCAAAUGAAAUUAAUUUUUUACUGAACUUAAGACACGUAGCACGAGUUUUUCGUGUCUUUGACGAGUCCUCAAGCUGAAACUGAUCUCUGUGGUUGAGAGCUGAGAGUUCCAGCAGAAACCCAGAGCAGACCGCUGUUGCAUACUUUCAUUUUGUGUUUACAAUCGAGUAAUUUUUGGUGUUAGUUAGGGAUGUCGCUCUGAGUUGAGUGCCUUUUUAUUUAAGCAGUGCUUUCUUCGAUGCCAACUAUUCGCUGAAAUGUCUUGUCACGAUAACAUGUUGCAUUUACUAAAUUUGCCCGAUGGCAUCCUGGACAAAAUUCUAUGCUGUAUGUCUUACGACGACAUUGCACGUCAAAGAUUGGUAUGCCGUAAAUUCGACCAAACAUGCAAGAAUCUACUCAAUAAGGGCUUUAUUGCUGUGGAACGUUACCAUGGGGCAUGCUUGAAAAAUGUCAAGGCCCAGCUUCCAAGAAGGGAAUCAGAGCGAAGGAUGCAUCCAAUGUUUCGUCACUGUGAAAUUUUAACAGCUGUAGAAACACGGUUGUCCAUGUUAUCAAUGACUUUCAUGCGUUAUGUGGACAUAAAACUGUGUUGCUUCAUUCCUGGCAAGGUCAUUGAUGAGAUUUUCCGUGUUCUGCGCCAUGUAAUGACAAGCACCACCCAAUUAAGAGCACAUGAACUUCUGCAAGAGCUCCGUGACAUAUCCUCUAUGGCCAUGGAGCAUUUUGAUGAGAAAGUUGUGCCAAGACUCAAGUUACAUUUGUCUGCUAAUCCAAAUAGAAACUGCCAUUCAGUUUCAAUUGCAGGUCCCUCAAAUCUCAGCCUCAUGCCCUCUCGGGUAUCAUCCAUGAGUGUGGACAAAGCAAGACUUGCUACUGAUUUCUCCAAGAUGCAGUCUCAGUCUAAACAUAAUAAAAAGAAUGUUGAUACACUAAAGAAGACUGUACGCCGUUUACAACUGAAGUUAAAGAGACAUGGGGUGCAGCUUUCACGGCAAAGUGCUCGCCUUAGAGAGCAAGCCCAAAAGUUACGAGAGCAAGAUACAGUGAUUGCAGAAAUGAAGCGUCACAUGCAAGAAUGGGACCUGACCUUGAGUGAUCUUAAGGCUGGCCGGCUGAUACCAAGUGACAGUGAUAAUAUGAAUUCAGCAGAAAGUUCAUCUGGAGUAGCUACUAGCGUGGAUGGCACCAAUUCAAGCAAUCAUGAAAUUAAAUGUGAAAACAGUGCAACUGAUGAUAAAAAUGGGAAAGUUGAAACCAUUGAUGAAGGUGAGGGAUCAUCAUCAAAUUCUUCAGCAAACUUAAAACGCACUCAUAGUGAAGUGGCAUCAGGUCAUGACUCAGACUUUAUGGCGAUACGUGCCAAACGCUUUUGUCGAAUAUUGAAGUUUUGUGAAAAUAAAUCAAUGAAACAUACCGAAAGUUGAGAUCAGCUUGAGGAGCGACCGAUCUCAGAACAUACCAUGUUUGAGGUCCGCCGCUUCUUCAUUCUUAGGGCAGUAAAAUCUUUGUCACACUACAUGGAACAAACAAUAAAUGCUGUGUGAUGAAAAUUAUCUUGAUGAAAGGUUGAGGUCUACUUCAACUUUUAUUUGGGCUGGAUCUCAACCAAUCUCUCUUAUGAAGUAUUGAUUAUUUUUAAAAAAAUGCCUCUCAUUGCCCUUAUAUUGGCAGUAACACCAAUAACAAAACACCAAAUUAUAUCUCAUUGUCAUUUGUGUAUCAUACUCAUUUACAUCAUUCUACUAUUAAUGUAUAUAAAGACAUGUUCAUUUUCUUUUAAUUUCACAUGACUCCAAGUGAUGCCUAUGUAAACUGUGAUUGUAGGGCACAAGGCAUGGAGGUUUAUAUUUUAUUUUAUUUCUACACUCAGAUGUGUUGAAAACUUUUGUUUUGUUUGUCUCGUAAACUGUGGGUGAUUUUAUUUGUAUUUCAUGAUAAGUUCAUAACAGCAAUGACCAUAUAUUUCUAUUUGAAUGUCUGUAAAAAUCUUAGCUGUUAUGACCUUAGCCAUGAAUUUUUCAUUGCCUUUGAGCAGUUAUGCAAUGGAAUAUCUGUGAUUUUAUUGAGCUCUACAAUAUUUAAUUUUAUUCAUAUCAAUCUGGCCCAUUCACUAAUUUUGUUGGAAGGGAUACCGACAGUCUAAUUUUGUUAUAGUCCAACCUUCAUGAGAGCUCAAUUGAUUGAGUGUGAUGAUUGCAGUUAGACUCAUUAGCUUAUAAAGAUGGUAUAGGUAUCUGAUUUCUUUUUCAUACAUGGAAGAUGUUCAUUUUUUCAGCCUUAAAAUCUCAUGUAGCUAGACUUCUUUUAAAAUGUGUAAGCAAUUAGAGAAAAUUGUUGAUCUGAAAUUGCCAGAAUCUUCUCUUUGGAUGUAGUAAAUAUCCUAUUGCUAUAGGACUGUUUCCAUCAGUCACACAAGGUUAUUGUCAUGAGGUUUAACAUGCUGUCUGUCCUCUAAUUGAAGACUAAGUCCCUCUGUUUGAGUUCAAUAACAUAAUAUCAAAAAUUAAUCAUCAAUUUCUUUUCCCUUUUCCUUGUGGGCUGUGAUGGGGGAAAAGAAUUACAUGCUGUGAAAGCAAAACCUAUACCCUCACUCUUUUGCCAUGCCAGGCUUAAGUGUUUCUUUGGAUGUAAUUUCUGUCUGCUUCCAAAAAGAAAAAAAAGAAAAAACUUUUCAUACAAAACAAUGUUAUUUAUUAUGCUUUUAUCUUAAGCUGUCUGGAUGUUUCCAUUUCUCAUAGCAAUGGUAAUCUGUUUUGCAUAUCUUUUGAUGGUAGGUACUACAUUUAUUAUUCUAAAUUGGGAUGCCUUACACACUGGGUGCUUAACAGAUUAACGCAAUACUGUUUUUUUGUCAAGAAACUAAUUUUUAAGGAACCCAGCAAUAUUUAUUUUUCAUGUUUAAAAGUGAUAUUGCAGUUAGGUAUUAGUUUUUCUUAUAAAAGACUCCUAACAUUGGUUCUGACGUGGCACUCAAUGUUGUAUUAUUGCUUUUUCCCUCCUUUAACUCGUAGAGUAUAAUUAGAAUAUUUUUUCAGUCAAAAUAACAAAGAACAACAUCCUACUUAGGUGCAGAACAACCUUGGAGAUUCCUGCCCCAUCUUUCUUAGAGUAUGUAAUGUUCAAUGAUAUGGGGUUAAUAGAGGUGUUAAUUUGGCAAUCUCAGUGCUGCAAACAAUAUUUUCUCAAGUUAUAUCUUUAGUGAAUCUUGACUUAUUAGACUGCUUAUUUAUGCAGACAAUCUCAGUUAUAUAUCUACUGAACUUGUAUAUCGACAGACAUGUAAACAUUUCAAGAAGUUGUCUGCAGGCUCUUUUUAGUGACUGGGUUGGGUUGGAUCUUUCCCCUUUGGCAUGAAAAAUAGGUCUGUAAAGUAAUACAUGGACUACAAUCAAAACUAGUUUGGCUGAUAGAUUUAAAAUUUUCAUAUUGUUAUUGUUGUCUAGUAAUGUUUAUUAAUAUAAAAGAGUAAAAAUUGAUACUAAUCGUCUUAACGUACUUACAAUAAUUUAUAAAAAUACUUUUCCUAUUGUUUUUCUUUUCUUUUUUAUUUUACGUAGCAUUUUAUGGUCUUUUCUGGUCUUGCUUGGAGAUGCAAUUUGUAUCCACACCACACUCUAUCUUCUCUGUGACAAGGAAACAAAUCAGUAUUUUUAAUCUGUGUGUGGAAAUUCUUCUUAGGAUGUAGCCAAAUCUUUUUACCUUGUGGUUUAUGAAGAAGACUUUGAAAGGGUUAGGUAUAAUGUAUUGCGAAGUGUAUUGGACCAAAGGUUGAUUACGUGGUUGACUGGCUUUGUGAAGCUCUACCAAUUUAACUAUCAAUGGUAACCGAGAAAGUGACAUUCUUUGGUGUCGGUUUUGCACUUUUAUCUUUAUCAAAAGAGGGCAUGUGUACUCAGACUGCAUCGGACUGCAUCCUACAUUCUCCAUGAAAAUUGUCGGGGUGAUCCACAGAUCCAUGGUCUAUUUCGAAGUAAUGCAGUCCAGCUGGUAUAGUUGGCAGUGCCAAUCGUGCCGCUACUGGGACUUGGGACUGCGUAACGUCGAAGUCAGCCAAAGACCACCCUGUCAUUCCUGUAAAUAAUUGUCAUAACUUUUUUUUUGUCAAAAACAAAAUGGAAAAAAACCGCACAUUCAAGUGUAUCUAGUCGCUGUUAGCUAUUCGAAAGCCGUUGAGUUUUACAGAGAGGCAUGUGCUUUUUGAAUAUCUGGUGUUACAGUAUUGAUGUUCAUAAUUUGUGGUGCAGAUCUGACUCAUUUUUUCUGGUGCUAUGUAUUCGGUAUCUUUCGGUAUCAAUUUGGUAUCUGUUUGUAACAAGAUGGUUCAAGGAUGGUGUUUUCUGCUCAUUGUAGUGGUUAAAGUCUAUAGGGCCCGUGACAAAGUAUUUUGUUAUUGCUUUGACCAAUUCUGUCUGUUUCUGUUAUUAUUUGACAUCUCUCCAGAUUGAAGACCUGAAUUUGUCUAAAGACACUUGAUUUGUGCUUCAUCACUUCUUGUGUUGUUGCAACAGAGAAAAAAUAAUGAGUUAAUGUAAUCCUCCCAAUUGUGUAGUAAUAAACGGUAGUAUGUGAACAGAUAAAGUCACUUUGUUUCAUUUUCUCUUUAGAAUUAUGUACAUUUAUUUGUGCAUUCAAAAUGAGUACAAAAUAUAAAUACUUGUGUUUAAAGGGAGCAUGAUCUACCUAUUCUACAUUUGGUUCAUUCCUAUGUUUAAUGAAUAAAGCAGUAUACAAAAUCUA